CGGCUCCCGGCGCUGAUUGGCCGAAACCGCGGAGGGGAGGUGACGGGUGUGAAGCGGGAGGGCUCGGGCCGCUCCCAGCUCGCUCCGUUCUUCCCUUCUGCGUCGCCUCUCGCGGCUCCCCGUUGCAUCAUCUCCAGCCCGCGACCGCUGUGGGAAGGUUGGGCGCGGCGCGAUCCACUCAGGCUGGUGCUCCAGCCCGCUCUCCCGCGCCGCCCCUGGCUCUCUCCACACUUGCUUCUGCCCGCAGGCCGGGAGCUCUCCGCGGGCCGCCUCCCAGAACCUGCGGGACACAGCUGGCGGACGUAGUCGGCUCCGCUGAUCCGUUCAUUGAAAGCCCUGUCUCAUCCCAGAGCAAAGUCACUCCCGCCUCCAACAGCUCGGGGCCGCGGGCAGCGCCAUGGAGAAGAGCAGCGAGACCAACGGCUACCUGGACAGCACCCAGGCGGGGCCUGCGGCAGGGCCUGGCGCGCCCGGGUCCGCGGUGGGACGCGCGCGGCGCUGCGCCGGCUUGCUACGGCGGCACGCGCUGGUGCUGUUCACCGUGUCCGGAGUGGUGGCGGGCGCCGGCCUGGGCGUGGCGCUGCGCGGGCUCGGCCUCAGCCGCACUCAGGUGAUCUACCUGGCCUUCCCUGGCGAGAUGCUGCUCCGCAUGCUGCGCAUGAUCAUCCUGCCGCUGGUGGUCUGCAGCCUGGUGUCGGGCGCCGCCUCCCUCGACGCCAGCUCGCUCGGACGCCUGGGCGGCAUCGCCAUCGCCUACUUCGGCCUCACCACUCUUGGCGCCUCGGCGCUCGCCGUCGCUUUGGCGUUCAUCAUCAAGCCUGGGUCUGGCGCGCAGACCCUCCAGUCCAGCGACCUGAGGCUGGAAGACUCGGGGUCCCCUCCGGUCCCCAAGGAGACAGUGGACUCUUUCCUCGAUCUGGCCAGAAACCUGUUUCCCUCAAAUCUUGUGGUUGCCACUUUCCGCACGUAUGCAACUGAUUAUGGAAAGGUGAUUCAUAACACGAGCUCUGGAAAUGUAACCCAUGAAAAGAUCCCCAUCAGCACUGAGAUUGAAGGGAUGAACAUUUUAGGAUUGGUCCUCUUUGCCCUGGUGUUUGGAGUGGCCCUCAAGAAGCUCGGCUCUGAAGGAGAAGAGCUCAUCCGUUUCUUCAACGCCUUCAAUGAGGCAACGAUGGUGCUGGUGUCAUGGAUUAUGUGGUAUGUGCCUGUGGGCAUCAUGUUCCUGGUUGGAAGCAAGAUUUUGGAAAUGAAAGACAUCAUCGUGCUGGUGACCAGCCUUGGAAAAUAUAUCUUCACAUCUAUAUUGGGCCAUUUUAUUCAUGGAGGAAUUGUUCUGCCACUUAUUUAUUUUGUUUUCACACGGAAGAACCCAUUCAGAUUCCUCCUGGGCCUCCUCACGCCGUUUGCGACAGCAUUUGCCACGUGCUCCAGCUCAGCAACCCUUCCCUCCAUGAUGAAGUGCAUCGAGGAGAACAACGGUGUGGACAAGAGGAUCAGCAGGUUCAUCCUCCCCAUCGGGGCCACCGUGAACAUGGACGGAGCGGCCAUCUUCCAGUGUGUGGCCGCCGUGUUCAUUGCCCAGCUCAACAACAUCGAGCUGAGAGCAGGACAGAUUUUCACGAUUCUAGUGACAGCCACAGCCUCCAGCGUUGGAGCCGCUGGUGUGCCCGCUGGGGGGGUCCUCACCAUCGCCAUUAUUCUGGAGGCCAUUGGGCUGCCCACUCGUGACCUUUCUCUGAUCCUGGCUGUGGACUGGAUUGUGGACCGCACCACCACCGUGGUGAACGUGGAAGGGGACGCCGUGGGCGCGGGCAUUCUCCACCACCUAAAUCAGAAGGCGAUGAAGAAGGGGGAGCAGGAGCUGAGCGAGGUGAAAGUGGAGGCCAUCCCCAACUGCAAAUCGGAGGAGGAGACGUCGCCCCUGGUGACCCACCGGAACCCCGCCGGCCCUGCGGCUGGCGCCCCGGAGCUGGAAUCCAAGGAGUCGGUUCUGUGACGGGGCUCGCUUCGGGCUUGCUGCAGUGGCCGUGCCCGGCCUGUUAGUGCGGCCCCCCCCCGGCUGCCGGGCACUGUGCUCGCUCUCCGACUUGUAGCCUCUGAGCCAUGCUUUGGCCCAGUCACCAGUUUGAGGAUUACCUCUCGGCACAGGCAUUGGGCUUCCCCGUGGGAACUGGUUACUGAAGACCAGGACACUCUGACUUUGGGCUUGAUUCACGUCCAGGUGCCACCACGUGUGUGCUCUGUUUGGAAACCCGGCCUCCAGCUGCCUGGCUGGGCAUGUCGCAGGCUCACGGGUCCUGGCAGUUAAAGUGUGAAGCAGCGCACACGUCCUCUGCAUUGUGGCCGGUCAGCUCUGCACUGGGUGCUUUCUGGGUGAGCCUAGGGGGGUUAGAGUCAUCUGUCGCAUUGCCUCAUGAGCCGGAGUAAUUGGAAAAAUUCCCCAAAUUCUUACCUUUGGCUGGAAUUCACUGAGUUGGGACUUGAGGUGUCGAGGUGUGCUGUUGUGAGGUGCGGCUGGCUUCUGAUUCACCGGGUGUGGGGGGCUUGGAGGUCAAGUUAGAAAUACUCUAGAUGGCGCUAGCACUGCGGGGGCUCUGGUCAGGGGCACUAGGCCAGAGAAAGGAGGUGUGCCUGGAAGGGGACACACACAGUCAUCCUUCUUCACGUCCCAGCCCGUGGGGAAGUUUGCUGCUUCCGCGGCCUGGCCUUUGACUGCGCCGUAGCUUCACCCCCAUCGGAUCUGGCAGCAGGCAAUGAGGGGCCUCUUCCUCCAUGGUCAUCGCAUUCGGGACCCUUGUUGGUUUAUCAGUCUAUUAUUAUAAUUCAACUAGACCCCUAAAAUGCACUGCAGCAAUACAAAAACAAAAAACCCUACAAACCCACUCAUUAAUUGGGGUGGGGGCCCCCAUUCCCAGGUCCCCAGGCCCCCCAGCUUUGGCUGAUUUCUGUGGGUUUGGUUUCUUUUCCUGCCAGUACAUCAAAGUUUAAAUUAUAAGCCAAAGGCAUUCUUCCAGAUGCCUGCUGACUGGGUUUGAAUGUUGGUGAGGGGACUUCAUAAAGAAGACCGGUAUGGCCGGGGACAGGGAAGGCUGGAAGGCACAAGAAUGCUGUUUCACUGUGGCUGUGGCUGUGUAUCCAUGGUGUGAUCAGCAAGUCCUGGGCCUCACUUUACCCCAUUUGUAAAAUAGGCUGAUGUCACCUGCCUCUUACCUACCUCAGAGGGAUUUGGUGAGGCAAACUUAGUGAACCAGUGAAAACAACCAUUUCAGUUCCUGGGUAUCAAGUGCUGACACCCCUGCGCUCUUCUUAUUUUUUACCUAAGUGAUACCUUUCUCCGCAGAGGCCUCGUUCUCCUGGUAGAGACAGCUUUUACAAGUGGGGCUUUGUUCUCUGUGCGCUAGCAACUUCUGUCACGCCCCUCCUCCUCUUUGUGGUUAUUUGGUAGCAUCAAGGGCCACCCCUGAUGUCGUCCAAGUGUUCCUGAAUCAGCUACCCGCACUUCCCAUCACAUGUCCGCGUCCCUGACUUCCCUGUGACACCAAGACCCAGGCAGUGGCUCUGCCACUCACAACAGGCCACUGAUAGCUCCCAGACUGUCCGCCUCCUUUGUUUUCUCAUUUUCUCUGUUGCCGUGGUGUUGCCGUCACCCAGGCCCUGCAGAAGGGGAACCCACACACCUUAGGAUGUGUGUCCCUCUGUGCUGAGAAUGGGGGCGCAGAACACAAACGGUCAAGCUUCUGCCUUUAAAAGCUGGGGGUGUGCGCCUGAGUGGAAGGAGCAGGGAAGAGCAAGGCAUACGGAGCCGCCCGGCCAGUGGGAGGCCCAGCUCCCUGCACGGCUCUUUAAGUGAAGCCACGCCCCUCCCCUGAGAAGCCAGGAAUGACCAGGAACUGAGCUGAGAGGUACCUGGAAACCUUUACCCUCUGACUGGUUGCUGACCCCCUUCUGUUUUUAAAGGGAAGACAAUCACAUCAUUUGAUCCCAAAUUGCAAAUGAACAUUAAUUUUUUUUCUGCCUUUGAUAGAUCUUCUCUUUCUUUCUCUCACGUAUAUCCAUGUGCUACGUGUGCACACGAAUGCCUAUGUGCAUGUGUGUUCGACACAUUGUUUUAGCUCCAAUCCAAGCAAGUUUGAGUUUGGAUAUAGGUGAACUAACCACAGGUUUUAUGGCUUCUGCCAACUGAUUCUCCUGUUUCUAAAAAUGAAUUAUUUCACGAAACAUAAACAUCAAAGCUCUCCAUCCAGUGACUUGCACAUGCUCUGCCCUGAACCUGGCAGUGCAGUAGCAGAGUGCUGUGGCCCCGAGAAGGGCGCUUCUGUGUGAAGCCCCGGUGACCGCCCCCCUUCCCCUGGGAGACAGGGGCACCGAGUUUCUCCCAGGUUUUCAGUCCACACGAGGAAUCAGCAGGAGUGACCCGACUGGGGAAAAUCCCUCUUUCUCAUUGUCUGAAGCUGUCUCCCCUGCUAUUCUAAUAUGUUGCCAUAAAUACUGUUCAAAUACUGUUAAUCUCUGUUUUAUACGUGUGACAUUUGCCUUAAAACAUAGCAGUCCUCAAAAUGAAUACAGUGUUUCUACUAGGAUCUGCAUGUUCCUUUAUUCCUUUCUUGGCGUUUUGAAGUGGCAUUCACCCAUGGAGCUCCGCUAGGGCAUCGCCUGAGGGGGACUGAAUUGAUUUCUGUUGUAGCAGCUUUUAGCCAGCCUGACCCGCAGAGGCAGGGUAGGCUGGUUCCCGGGGGCACAGCCCUGCAGGCUGGUCACUGAUGUGGCUUGCAGGAGGGGAGCAUCCGGCUACUUCUGGCCGCCACUCUGUUCAACACUAGCCGGGCUCGUGAAAAAGUGAGUGGUUUUGCUACAUACCUCCAUAAAAUUAAGUCUUGUCGGAACAACUGGGUCAACAGGCCUUAACUAAACAUCUGGAAGCCAUGAGCCACGCUGGAAGAAUGCCCCAGUCCAUAGAAUUCCUGACAGUCCCUCCAUGAGGCACUGGCCCGGGCCUUCCCACCAUCCACGCCAUACCCAGCCCACUCUUUUAUACCAUCUCAUUUUCAAUGAUACCACAUUCCAGCACAAUUAGGGAAUUUAGAAGCGUCUUAAUAAAAGAUUAUCUUACAUGCUCA